AGAGAACAAGGGGAGCAACUGUGUGGUUGCGUGUGACGUCAGCCGCUAUGGUUUGUAAAGUAUCGCUCGAAUGGCCUGUGUUUUCCCUUGCUGUUGCGGGCGUUAUGUUUACAGAGAACAUGUGAACAGCGCUAUGAACGGCAUGCCUGAAGCCGAUCCACUUACUUUUAAGCCACCAGACUGGAAAAAUUAUGUCCAACAUUUUGGAUGCCUUUACAAAAGGCCCGUAGGGCACCAGUCGACCAAGUGGUCGAAAAGAUUUUUUAUCCUAAAAGAUGGUUACUUGCUAUAUUAUCCAGAGAAUGAAAAGAAAGAGAUUGAUAAGCGACAACACCUAAACAUACAUCCAAAGGGUAUCGUCCCCUUAGGUGACUGUCAGGUGAAUGCCACUCAAGAUCCAUCGCAUCAAUUUGCUUUCAUUGUCAGCAGUGCACAAAUAAAUGGUCGUAUUAUUUUAGCAGCCGAAAAUGAAUUUGAACGAAACCGAUGGGUUGAAAUGCUUAGAAAAUCAAGCCAGGUCACAUGGAAAUGUUUACAGUUGGGCAACCUAAUGAUUAAACAAUUAGAAACACAAGGCCAACAAAUGGCUCAUGAUAAACAGACCUAUUAUGAUCGGCUACAAAAUGAAGUGAUUGCAUUGUCGGAUACUAAACAAAGAGCAGAUGAACUGGAACGGUUAAAUGAAGAACUUGCUAAAGAGAAGAGUCGGAUGGAGCAACUCUUAAAAGACAUGGAAGAUGACUAUCAAUGUGUGAAAGAAGAAUUAAUGGAAACAUCAACUGCCAUGGCUGAACUAGAGACAAAUAGUUCUGAAUUGAUAGGAACUUUGGAGCAACAAAAAUCAGAAUUACAGAUAUUGGCAUCCGAAAGAGAGAAAAUUCUAACAGCUUUAAAAGAGAAAGAAGGAGAGACUGAGACAUUAUCAAAGAAAAACGAGACAUUGGCACAGACCACAGCAAACCUUCGGCAUACCCUAGGAACUAUAGAACUGAAAACUAAAGAACUCUUAUAUGAGAAAGCAGAAGCAGAGAAACAAUUGUCUGAAAAUGAUGAACGAACUUCUCAGUUGAAAGCUGAAAAGGAAUAUUUCAGUGACCAAGCUCACUCAAUGCAAGCUACUAUUUUGGAUUUAAAUGCACAGAAAGAAUUGACAGAAUCUGAACUUAGGGAAGAAAUUUUGGCUCGGAUUGAUGCCGAGAGGAGGCUAAGAAAGGCCGAAAAGUCAUUGCAAUACCUUGAUCAGGCAGUUACAGCCGAAACUGUAAACAUAGAAGAAGGGAUUCGAGAAGGCAUGAUAGUCAAUGUUGGAAUGUUAAAAACUUUCUUUGAGGAUCUUGCAGCAGAAUCCAAGAUUGACGCCAACAAACCAGUUGUGAUAAAAAAUAUGGUCCAUGCUCGGAAAACACUAACAAGGAAGGCAAAUACACUAAAAUUUGAAAAGAGAAGAAGAUCAUGUAGUGAUGUUCCACUGAAAAUGUAUAGGAAGUCUCAACCAGUUUUCUCUAAGAAUGUAUAUGAAUCUCCAGAAAACCGUCCUAGUUCUUUAGUACUCGAUGAUGAAGACGGCAAAACAAGAAACCCGAUCCGUCGAGCUAAAACUUCAGUAACGCAAUCUUCAAAAUACUUAGCUAAAGACACCAAUAAUUCCGAUAACCUUUUACAGCCUUUAAUCAAUGAUGAAUGUGUGCUUUCCGAACGUAUGUGAUUCACAAAGAGAUGUUUCUAUAUUCGACCAACAUUUCCAACAUCUAUCAGCAGACGCACCUAAAUAAUCAGACUCUGGUGUUUGUUAAUUAAUAACUCCUCCAUACCAAUUAUACCCAUCUCAUAAUGACAUUCAUGUAAUAUAUUUAACUGAAAAAGCAAAACAAUUUAAUGACAACAGUAAUUAUUAUAAUAUUACUAUUAUACUUAAACAAGUUCUAUCCCUCUCUCUUUCUUCUUCCCCCCUUUUUUUUUCUCUUUUUUAAAAAAUUUCUUUGGAUUUUCUAGGGGUUUUUUUCCUCAAUUGUUUAAGAAAUAAUUUAUAUAGGGAAGGAAAAACUAUUGUUGUUAUUGUUGACAUUUGACAUCUUUGUUUUUUGAUUUCUUAAUGUCCACAUAAUAGUGUUAAUAUAAGUUAUAUUUCCAAAUGUCCAAAAGAAAAAAAAAUAUAUAUUCCAAAAUUCAAAAAUGGGUUUCUUGGAUGGAAUUAUUAAAUGAGUGCCAACGUGUUUUGGAAGUCCAUCUGGUUAAAUUAGAAAAAUUUCUUUAUGGAAGCACAAAGUCUUCAUAUUUACAGAAGUGAGGAAAUGGGAUUGUUAUACAUUCAUACCUUUCUCAGGGAUAGAUAGGUGGCAUUUAUCUGCUCCUCAAGGUGAUUAGCAGUGACAAUAUAAGUGAAAUAACUAGUUCUGUCAGUUUAACCCCCAAUAUAUUACUGCUAUGACUUAAUGAGAGUUUAUCACUGCAGUACAUUCCUUGUAAAUAUAAUAAAGAAAUGAGUGAAUACAGGAUAAUUAACCAGUAUAUUAUUAAGUAUUAAUUAGACAUGUUACUAAGCAAAAAAAAAUUUCGUUUCUUAAAUGGAAAAGGAAAACUUAUAUAUUAAAUGAUUUUAGAAAUAGCAAUUUUAGAAUAAUUAUAAUAAUGACCUUAUUGUAUACAGUGUUCGGGUGAACUACAACUGCUUGGAUGCAGGAUGUUGUAAGAUGGUUUAUAGUGUUGAAUUAGAUGGAAGGAAGAAUUAAUAAAAUUGGUACAGUGUGAGAUUAGAAAGAUGAAAGAAUUUCAGUAUUGGUAUAGUACUUGAUUGUGUUCUUUUUUUUAUUUUAUGUUUCUGAAUUCUUGAUCCACCCAGGUCAACUUUGAUCAUCCGAGAUUGAUAAAAAUUAAUACCAGAUAGGUAUUGAGGUUGAUAUAUAAUCAACAGUGUCCUUGAAAGUUGUGCCCCAGCAUGGGCACAAUCUGACAACUAAAAGAAAGUAAAAGAAUAAAAGGAAAAGUUAAAUAAGUUGAAAAUGUUUUUACACAGCCAUUAAAAUGUUACUUAAAGAACCAGCAAUUUUCAUAAUUGCAAUUUAAUUUUAGCAAUUAUUGUUAUGAUUCUUGUUGAUUACCAUUUAUUCAUAUUUUUUUUAUUUAUCUAACUCUUUCAUUAAUAUAUUUCUCUCAACUACUCUGCUUUGUAUCAAUUAAAAUAAUGAUAUAUUUAGUGAAAUAACUUUGUCAUUACUAAGCUGGUAUUUGGAACAUAAAUUAACAUGAAAUUUUGAUGGAAGGUUUUUAAUUCAGAUCUCUUUAAAACAGGAUAUUUGUAUCAUAGAACCAGAGUCAGUCUUAGAUUGGUUGGUAUUGAAAGGGUUAACUAUUAAAUAUCAACCAAAAUAUCAAAUACUGAGUCUUUCAUCUCAUUAAGGGACUGUUCAGAUAAAUAUGCAUAAUUGCUAACUCAUUAAAUUGGAGACAUUCUCUCGUAAGAUUUCCUUGUCUUCAGCCAAAGAUAAAAAUUAUUAUAAUUAUUAUCUUUCUCAUCAAGGCAGCAAGCUGGCAGAAUUGUUAGAGUACCAGAAGUAAUGCUUUGUGGUGUUCAUUCCAACUCUUUACAUUCUGAGUUCAAAUGCUGCCAAGUACCAGUUAAGCACUGAGUCAAUGUACUCAACUUACCAUCUCUCCAUAAAGAACUGCUGGCCUUGUGCCGAAAUUAGAAAGAAGUAAAGGCAGUGAGGGGUCAGAAUUGUGGCUUUUCUUCUGCACUUCACAUUCUGAGUUCAAAUUCUACCAAGGUUGACUUUGUCUGUCAUUCUUUUGGAGGCGAUAAGUAAGUACCAGUGAGCACUGGGGCCAAUGGUAAUGAUUUACCCUGCUCUCGUAAAAUUGCAGGCCUUAUGCUAAGAUUAGAAUUAUUAUCAUUGUGAAGGUCUGUCAAUGGCUGAAUAGAGCAACAGAUAAAAAUACCAUGUGAUACUGUGUAGGAUUCCAGACAGCAGAAUAAAGCAGCAGGUGAAAUACCUUGUGGUAUUGUGUAGGGCUGUGGGUCGUACAAUAGAGCAACAGGUCGCAUUGUGUAGAGCUGUAGUUGGGCAGUAGUUAGAGCAAUAGAUGGAAUACUGGGUCUUAUUUAGUUACAGUCUUUUAUGUUCUGAGUUCAAAUUCCACUGAGACCAACUCUAUCAUGUGUUCUUCAUCAAUCAAUAUAUACCAAUACUAUAUAGUAAUCAAUUUCAUUGAUCACCUUUUAUCUUUAAAAGAAAUUGGCAUUAUUAUUGUCUAAGACAUUAACACACAUAACAUAUCAGGCUUAUAUAUAUAUAUAUAUAUAUAUAUAUAUAUAUAUAUAUAUAUAUAUAUAUAUAUAUAUAUAUAAAUAUAUAUAUAUAAAUUCUAAGAUACCUAUAUAAAUAUAUAAUCAAAAUAAGCAACAGGAUAUUAAGAAGUGAUGCAGUAUGACCAUUUCAAGCGGCUUGAAACGGUCAUACUGCAUCACUUCUUGAUUUUAUUCACCUUCGAGCUGUUCGGAUAACACUGGACUGACUUGGUGCUUCAACAAGUACAUAAGUCAACUGAAUUUCAAUUAUUUCUAUAUAAAUAUAUAUUUACUGGGCAGUUGAUUGGCAGAAGCAUAUCAGCAUUGACCUUACUGUAUUUGCUUGUACCCUUUUAUGUUUCAAGUUCAAAUCCCACCAAGGUCAACUUUGCUUUAUAUCCUUUUAGGGUUGAUAAAAUAAAGCUUGGGGCAAUUUAAUUGAUUUACUCCUCAUGAUAAAAAUAUUAGUGGCCUGUACCUAUGUCAGGAUUUAUUAUUAUUAUUAUAACAAAUGUCCCAUAGAAAUUGGCAAAUUGACAGUGAGCUGAAUUUGUGACCUACUUUCAGUUCUUGAUUGAAGCCUAAUCAUUUAUAUUACUUACCAUUCUUGAGAUAAGCAUGAAUGUUACAACUUCUCAUUUUCCCUGCCUAUGUAAAUAUUGAGUCCUUGUGCUUCAUCAAAAGAAAUCGUUUUUUUUUUUGUUUUUUUUGGUGGGGGGUUGAUGGUUCUUUUUACUCGAGUCUGUGUGUAUCUGCGUUUUACAAUAGGUACACCUUAUCCCUGUGUGCUGUAACGAAAAGAAUUAGUGGCAGGAAGGGCAUCCGACUGUAAAACACUACCUCAAAAAAGAGGACCAUGGCAUGAUGGUAAUAAUUGAACUGUCAUAAGGUCCACAAGGUUAGUCCCUACUUUAACUGGGAAAAUGACCUUAAAACAUUUGUUCUUCUUCUUUUAUUUGAGAGAGUUGUUGGGAUGGAGGACGUUGUAGACUUUCAUACUGGACAAUUUACCAUAUCUAAUUUUAAUAACCCAUUGUUUUUAGUUCAAAUCUCUUGGUGUCAAUUAACUAAGUACAAAUAAUAUACUGGAGAUCAGUUAAACUGUUUAUAACACUUUGCACCCUGCCAAUUACAAAAAAAAAAAAAAAAUUCUGGCCUUACUUUAAGCUAAAAUAAACCUAUAUCUUUUCUGGAAGACAUGUUGGAUAAAUGAUAAAUUUCUGAACCCUUAUUUGUGGAUUUGUUUUCUACAGCAAGUAUUGUGCUGUAUAUUUUGCAAAACCACCGGAUUUUACUUCUAUGAGGUUUCAAUGGAGUCUAUAAAUGCUGAUAGCCAGCUUCAAGAUGCCCUCUGGGCUGUAAACUUCAAGAUCAACCUCACCUGGUGGUUGCAGAUGCUCUUCCAAAGCACAACACGUAAAUAGCAGUUAUGAAUUAUCUCCCUUAUCUCUAACCUCAUUUUGAUCCUGACUCUUGCCUAGACUUAAUCCCUAUUUCCUCCUUCCAAAUCCUCCAUCUGAUGCAAACAUGACGGUGUAACAACAAUGACCACCAUACACCAGCGUGCAACAGAGCUGCAAAAACAAGAAAAGAGGAGGAAAAAGAUUCUGUGCCUAAUUAAGAAAUCAUUUUGACAAUUAUUUCUCUGCUAAUUUUAUCAUAAUUGUUCACUGUAUGUCGGAGUGUGCAGUGUGGUCCUCAGAUAAGAAGAGACCUAAUAAUUCUAGAAUGGAUCUGUGAAUCAGUCACUUGACCAACUGAUUGCAAGUUAUAGGUCUGCAAAAACAGAUCUGAGCAGGAACUAUACAACAAUAACAACAACAACACUCGUUUCCUACCCAUUUGACAUUGGGUUGCUCCAUACCAACAAACACUGCAGACUGGUUGAGUGUCUGACUAAAACACUGUACAGUUGUAGAUGCAUCUCUUUAAGUCCUGUGUUGACUUUGCUUGUCAAUAAAAUAAAUACCAGUCAUGUAUGGGGGUCACUUCAAUCAACUAUACUCCCCUCCAUCCCAACAAAAUUGUGGCUCUGUUCCAAGAUAAUAGUACACUACUGACGUUGGCAGAAACAGUGAAACACUAGACUAAAUAACACCCUUAUAUACAUAUUGCACCAGCAAGGGAACCUCUAAGGAGUUGGUUGACUGUAGCAAGGGAGCCUCUAAGUAGUCACUUGAACUGCUCUGCUAGUAAUAACAGGCAAAUCUCCCUCAAGUCACACCCUACCAUCUUAAAAAGGAAUGCUAUCAUGAGCAAUAUUGUCCCCGAUAUAUAUAAAGGAGUGACUGGGUUACCAUUUAUAAUUAUAAAGUUAAAUAACAAUAAUACCUUUCAGUAAACUCUUUCGGGAGUUGACUUUGCCCUUCAACCAUCCAGGGACCACAAAUAUAAGGAUUAGUCAUGUACUGAGAUUGAUUCAAGCAACUAUAUUUUUCCCCUCUUAUUAUUUUCAAUUCAUGUCCCUGUACCAAUAUUAAUGAUAACUGGGACAUAGCACACCACCAGUUCAUGAACUGAAGCUUUCGACCCUUCAGACUGUGAGCUGGUGGUCCCCUACUCAUGUUGGUUCAGUCAGCUGUGAUAUUUAUAAAUAAUGUUAUAGGGAAACUGAUUUUGUGACAAGAUACAAUAGGAAACAAGUUAUAAAUUGCAUCCCCUGCAUUAUCACUCAACUUGCUAGAAAUAACAACCAAAUCUCCCUUAAAUUAUACCUUGCCAUCUUAAAAAAAUGGAAGAAUACAUUGAAUAAUACUAUCCUAGAUGUACAAUGCUUAAGGGAAGGAGAGACUGUUCAUAUAGUCCUUGAUACACUAUGCCUGAAGUUAAAACAAGACUGUUACAGCAUUAUGGUUUGAAUAUCGUUGACCCAAUCAGAAGUGACCUGUGAUUAAACAGUGAUUAAAACUAUAUAAAGAAACUUUUGAAAGAUUUUUUUUUGUUGAUAAAAUGAAUAUUGAUCUUAAACCUUAUUGGUUCAUUAUAUCAUCAUUGAAACGUUUGGUUUUGAACUCAGAUGCUUGAAAGCAAGUCAACCAUGAAAGCACCUGACAAAAGUCAAGUCAAGACUGGAAUUAAAAAAACCCCCAAAAUACCUUCUCUCGGCUACUGAUUACAAUAUGGAAUCGGCUGAUACUAUAAGGCACAAGUGGGAUGAAAAUGGGACAACCAAGUAUCAAAACUUGGUUGCAAAAUUGUAUCUUGUAUCUUGGAUCUCUAAAAUGUGGUCACUUUUAUAUUUUUUUUAAUUAGUUGUUUAAAUUUAUUAUUCAGACAAGUUGAUGUAACUCAUAUCUAUGUUCUUUAUAACAUUUUUGCUAAAUUUAUAAAAGAAAAUAUAACAUUCUUUUUAAAUAUUAAAUUCAAUAAAAAGGGUUAAAAAAAAAACAACAUAUUUACCUUA